GCUGCCCAAGUCAAGAAAACUCAGCGAAAGAAUCUCAACCAAGUCAAAGGAAUUUGUUGUUCAGAAUAGAGUGAGCAGCUUUCAUUCGUUUGCUGUCAGGUGUAAAUGCACUUGUAACUGACCGAGAAGCUGAUGCCGAUGUAGUCAGGGCAGAAAUGUCGACGAUGUCGAUUUGCAGCAAAGGAUGAGGUUCGAUCUCUUGUAUGAAAUUGGAAAAGGUGGAUUUGGUGAAGUAUUUGUCGCCCAGGAGGGUCGACGAAAAGUAGUGGUCAAGCGAUGCCAGAGAAGCCGUGUUUGCUUCAAUGAAGUAUCUAUUUACCGUUAUAUUGAGGAGAAAAGAGGACAGAAUGCAUCACUUGCUGAUCGGAUCAUACAGUUACUGGACGUGCAAGAAGAUCGAUCCAGUGCUGAUGUGAAUCAUGGAUUUGUAUAUUUAUUAUUGGAGGAAGCCGAGGGCUGGAGAAUAGCGGAUCAGAUUCACCGUGACUUGUUUAGUUAUGUGUCUCAUUGUAGUAACAUUCACAACGUAGAGGUUAGACAAUGGCUGAUACAGGUCGUCGAUGCUUUGCUCUUUCUACAUGGCAUUGAGGUGAUCCAUCGUGACGUCAAGCCACACAACAUGCUGCUAUGUGCUGGUGGACAGCUGAAACUGUGUGACAUGGGUACGGCUGUACGUCUUGAUGACCCUGGUCAGGCACGCAGCGGUGGCGGAACACCGAACUAUAUGGCACCGGAGAUAUUUAACUCCGACCAACUACCGAUGAAAGCGAGCGACUUGUGGUCACUUGGGGCCACGCUGUUCUUCCUGUUGGAGAAGAAAGCUCCAUUCCAGGCGAAGGACAUUGCCAGCGUACAGCAGAGAGUGUGCUCAUGUGAUUAUGAGCUUGCAAAGACAGUGCCCGCUUGGGCAAAGUCCCUGAUCGCUCAGCUCCUGCAGCCAGACCCUGGUCGGCGACUGCCGCUCUCGGCUGUAAAAGAGCAGCUAGAGUCUUGCCUGUCACUGGACAAGUCUAAAUCUGACGCCGGUGGCGGCGGCGGUGUUGCCAAUGCCAGCGGCUCUGGCCUGUCUGAACAGGUGAACGGAACGUCCAGCAACAAGCCAGCGCGCCUGUCAGCCGAAGGCCUGCGUACAGAGUCACGCGUUAGCAAGACACAUCAGUACGAGCUGCGCUCCGAUGGAUGGGUAACCCUGGUUGAUAAAGUCUACAAUCGGCGACUGGAGGUAUCCCGCGAUGGAGGCCAGGUUGUGGAAGUGAACAAGGAUGCUAAGAAGAUGUACACCUAUGAUAGCAUGCCGCGACGGCUGUUCCACUUCUACGGCCUCCUCCAGAAGUUUGUUGAGCACCUGCGCGCCUGGACGAUCAAGGGUCGCUGCUACACGGCCAACUCCUACUCGUCGCUGGUGGAGAGCGGUCGUUUCCGCUUUUGGCUCUGGACCGGUGCUGAUGUCACUAAGCUUGGUUUACAGCCGUCCGGUCGUGUGGAGAUCACUCUAGCUAAUGGUACACGUUCUCAGUUUUCCAGCAUGAACAAUGCAAUCGCCGCUGGUCACAGGGACAUCUGUGAGCAGGCGUGGAAAGGGCUGACGGAGCUACGUGAGGAUGUUAGAAUUGCGGUGGAGAGAGGCCGGCCACUGCCUGUGGUGCACGGGCUGCGUUCAAGCUGGAUGCAAGCUCCGAACACCACAACCAGUAUGGCCAGUGGAAGUCUGCUGCACUAACACUUGAUCUGUGUCACUCUACUUGCACACCUCCUGUUGUGCCUGCUCCUGUCGCCAAUAUGUCUUUCUCCAUGCUGGGCUGAGCUUCAUUGCAACCGGAGCGAGCCUAGUCUCUCGUUGCCGCGGUUCAUUUCCCCCAUUUUGGUUCAAUGUCACGAAAUCACAAAACUGGAACAUCGAGUACAGGUCAGACCUCGCUAUAACGACCCCCGCUAUGGGUUAUCAAAAUGGGUGCCUUAUUAUUUAUUUAUUUAUUUUUUACUGGUAAUUACUUUUUACAGCACUGCAGUUUUGAGCAAAAUAUCGAGUUUUGGUGGGCUUUUGAAUUUGAGAAAAUCCAAGGCUUCUCAGGGACUUUCUCAACACAAUCAGUCACCAAAGUUGAAAACAAGUACAAAAGUUGGACAAAACAGACUCAUAGCCACAUUUUUGUAGAAAGUUGAGCGGCAGCAGGAGCUCAAUCAAAAAUGCCUCGUCAUCAGCGACAAUUAUCGUUGAUUUUUCCUUGAAACUCAUUUUGUCUCGAGCAAAACCAAAGCAAAAUAUCGACGGAGAAAGGAAAUGCCAAGCAGGAUUAUCGAAAAGUUUGCGGCAAAAUUAUGCGGCAAAAUAUCGAUGUGGGCAGAGCAAAUUUGGGCCAUGACUAGAUCACACACACCCGUGGCUCCUUCUUGCUACACUGCUCAUCCGCCCCAACAGGGUGUGUCCUCAUGCCGUACCUACUCUACUCGCAGGGGGGGGGGGGGGUACGAUGGGUCGUGGAUCGAGCCAUAUUGCCAGGCGCCAUGUGCCAAUGUUGCAAAAGAAGGACCUACGAGUGGGAUUCGAACCCAGCACCCCUGUCUUUCCGGGACCGUCAGUCCCUACCGAUUAGGCUACCGAGGGUCCCACCCACCCAUGAUGCCCGGUUUCACUCAGUCGGCAGAGCACGAGGGUACAGUAAUGGAUAAUGGUUAUCAUACAGAAUUGCACACUUAUUCAGAGAGAGAGAGAAAGAGUUCUCAGGUAAUACACUGUUGUCUAGCAUGAAACUAAUCCGUAGGAAACUGAUCUGCGGAGAGCUGGUCUUAAUCGGCAAGAAACUAACCCGUAGGAAACUAGAAAGGCAGCAGCUUUUAUAGCGAAGGUAGAGAACUAAGGUUGGUAAGACAAGGAUUACGAAAUCAUCCUUCUACAAGUUCUAGAAUAGUGGAGAAGGUAAACCUAGAUCAUCAUUGCUAUACAUGUAGAUGAAAAUUAAUGAGCAUUGCGUAACAUUAACAUAAUGACUAAGCGAGGUGUUCUAGAAGAUGAGAUAUCUAUAUUAUGCAAUUUAGUCAGCAACAACUCAUCAGGCAUAUUACUUGGAAGGUAUGGAACAGUCCGGAAUCAACGACGUGAUUGACUAACUAAAAGGAAGUGGUAGAAGUACUAGUUCUAGAAGUGCUGACAACAAGGUUACAAGCAUGGGAGAUCUAAUUAUAGCUUAUGACGAGGCUUACGUUUACGUGCAUGUACUACAGUACUAGUAGUAGUCGCAAUCAAGUCAUGUACAUGUCAUAAUAAUUAUAAUGUAUGCAUUUCUACCCUAACAAUGCCUUCUUGUUACAUGACGACCAGGCACUACGUAACGA